UACCAUUAUGUUAUUGAGACCCCGGUUUUUAAAAGCUCUAGAGUAAAGAAAAUAAGCUCUAUUAACAUUUAAGCACUUUUUUGUUGCAAAUUGCACACUCCAACGCCAAAAUGAAGAAGCUGAAUAUGAUAACAAUGAAGAGAGGCGUCACUAGAAGCUUGACCUACACGUCAACAGUCCGAUCCUCCUCACUUUCGUUCCUCCGUUCAUUGUCUUCCGCUUCCACCACCACCGUCGACGUCGACGUCUCUGCUUCUUCCGUCGCGAAGCUUGUCACUCCCACUUUCCUUCAACCCAGAGUUGUUCUUUACGACGGCGUUUGUCAUCUCUGCCACGGAGGAGUGAAAUGGGUAAUCAGAGCAGACAAGGAUAGGAAGAUCAAAUUUUGUUGCGUUCAGUCUAAUGCUGCUGAGCCCUAUUUGAGAGCAUCCGGUCUUGAACGAGAGGAUGUUCUGCGUCGCUUUUUAUUUAUUGAAGGCUUAAAUGUAUUCUCUCAGGGAUCUACUGCUGCAUUGCGUGUUCUGUCGUACUUGCCAUUACCUUACUCUUCUCUGAGUUGGCUGUGGGUGAUUCCAACUCCAAUAAGGGAUGCUGUAUAUGAUUAUAUAGCAAAAAACCGGUAUGAAUGGUUUGGCAAGGCUGAAGAUUGUCUGGUUUUGCAAGAGAAGGAGCUGCUUGAGCGUUUCAUAGACAGAGAGGAAAUGAUGAAACGAGAUUCCAAGUUUUAACUGCUGCCUCGUGAUAGAUUAACAUUGACAUUCCCCCUUCUUUUCUUUUAUCUUACAGUAAUGUUUAUCUUUUGGGUCUAAUGAAAGGGCCUCCACAAUUAGUAGUAUCCUUCACCCAACAUGAAUCACAAAUUCUUUUAGUAUAUUUUUAGAGUUAUAUGAAUAGCAAAAGAGUAGAUUUACCAUUCAUCUUAUUUAAAGGAUUUCUAGAUGCUGUAUUGUCCCGAAAUUUGAAAUAUAAAUCACACAUGACAUUUUACACUUUA